AACACCUACGAAAUUAAGACAAACAUGACUCCUCAGCACACACUAUUUUGAUAAGCUGCCUUCCAUUUCGACCAUGUCUCCACACGCUAUGUGCGUCAUAUUCUCCUCACACAUGGCCUUCUUAAUCCUCCUCUCUGGUGCGUGGAAAGCUGCAGCUGCGCCAACCGUGAACCAGACCACCUAUACUGCAGACCGAAAGGCCCUUCUCUGCAUCAAAUCCCACCUGUUAACCUUCAAGCCAGCCAGUGCCUUGACCACAUGGAGCAAUAGUUCACUAGACUUCUGCCGCUGGCAUGGUGUCUGGUGCAGUUGGCGAAACGGACCGACUCCCCGGGUUGUAGCCUUGCGCCUCGAGGAAGAAGGCCUCACUGGCAAGAUCCCGGCUUGCAUCUCCAAUCUCACCUAUCUGAAACAUAUCCACCUUCCAGUCAAUGAGCUUAGCGGACCGGUGCCGCCAGAGCUGGGAAACCUUGGCAGGCUCAGGUACGUCAACCUCAGCUUCAACGCCCUCAGCGGCGUGAUCCCAGCUGAGCUUGCGUCGUGCUCUGGCCUCCGAAUCAUCGCCCUGAAGAAGAACAACCUUGAUGGAGGUAUCCCUACUUUCCUUGUCAAUAGCUCACUGAUCCAGAAGAUUGAUCUUCGCAUGAACAAUCUCUCCGGACCAAUCCCACCCUUGCUAACAACCUCCUACACCAGCUUAAAGUUUCUGGCUCUGACUAGAAAUAGCUUAUCCGGUGUGAUACCUUCCUCAUUGGGGAACCUCUCCUCUCUUGCUGUGUUAAUUGCAGCGGAGAAUCAGUUGACAGGAGGUAUCCCAGCAAGUUUAGCGAGGUUAUCGAACAUACAACUGCUUGACCUCACAUACAACAAUCUGUCUGGUACAGUGCCAAACUCCAUCUAUAACCUGUCGUCGUUAACAUUUCUGGGCAUAGCAGGGAACAGUCUUGUAGGAACCUUACCUUCUAACAUGGGCAACACACUCCCGAAUAUUGAAAAUCUAGUAAUAUCUGAGAAUAAUUUUCAGGGAGAGAUCCCUGAAUCACUGGCAAAUGCAACAAAUCUUGAAAUUAUCCACCUUGCUCAGAACUCCUUCAGUGGAGUCAUUCCUUCAUUGGGAUCCCUACCCAAUUUGCACAGGUUGGUGCUGUACCAGAACCGCUGGCUCGAAGCCGGGGACUGGAUGUUCCUGUCUUCGUUGACCAAUUGUACACAACUGGCUAUGUUGAUUUUGGAUGGGAACAACUUACAAGGAGAUUUGCCAAGCUUAGUAACCGACUUAUCAAGAAGUCUAGAGUACUUGGUCCUUGGGUCAAACCACAUAACAGGUACCAUACCAACAGGUAUCGGUAAUCUGGUUAGCCUUUCCAUGCUAUAUCUUGACGAUAAUAAGAUAACUGGGCCUAUACCUGCUUCUAUUGGUAACCUUCACAAUUUGUAUACCCUGGACCUGUCGAAGAACAGGUUCUAUGGAAAAAUCCCAACAUCAUUUGGUAAUCUUGGCCAAUUAAGUGAACUUUAUUUGCAAGAAAAUAACUUGAGUGGAGGCAUACCAGCAGAAUUAGCGGGAUGCAAAAAUUUGUUGGCAUUGAACCUUUCUUCUAAUAUUUUGUCUGGACCCAUACCAGAUGGGUUAUUUGGUAAACUGAACCAGCUGAGCUGGUGGCUGGACUUGUCACACAACCAACUCACAGAUUCCAUUCCAGAUGAUGUCGGCAGCUUUAUCAAUCUUAAAUCCCUGAACAUCUCCAACAACAACAUCUCUGGCCAAAUCCCAUCCACUCUCGGCUCAUGCGAACUCUUGCAGUCGCUUCGCCUGGGAGGGAACUUCCUUGAGGGACAAAUUCCGAUUUCUCUUGCGACCUUGAGAGGCAUUGAAGAGGUGGAUUUUUCUCAAAACGACUUGUCCGGUGAUAUCCCAGAAUUUUUUGAGCUAUUUAACAGCUUGGAGUACCUUAAUUUAUCUUUCAACAACCUUGAUGGUCCAAUCCCUACAGGUGGAGUUUUUGCUAAUGCCACAUGCAGGCUUUUUCUUCAGGGAAACCCAAGUCUAUGCACAACCACACACUUGCUAGACUUCCCACUCUGUGCAAAUGAACAUUCUGAAAGGAAGACUAGAACCGAGGUUCACGUUUUGGCUAUUGUAAUACCUUGUGGUGCCAUUUCUCUCCUCUUUGUCCUUUUCUUAAAGAAGAGAACAAGCAAGGAUUCACGUCUGGUGCAUGAAUCAUCCAAGAAACUGAAGAUUCGAUCUUACUAUAAUUUAAGCAAAAUGACAAAUGAAUUUUCCUCUGCCAACUUGAUUGGUUCAGGGCAGUCUAGCGUUGUUUAUAAAGGCUCAUUACCUGAGGAAGGUGGUCAGAUGUUUGCUAUCAAAGUAUUCAAGCUCGGUCAGUCUGGUGCAUCAAAAAGCUUUCUUGCAGAGUGUAGAGCCUUAAGAAACAUCCGUCACCGCAACAUUGUAAAAGUGAUCACUGCAUGCUCAACGUACGAUCCUUUAGGUAAUGAGUUCAAAGCUCUGGUGCUCGAAUACAUGUCAAACGGCACCCUUGCUGAUCACCUUCAUACUAAGUCCCCCAGAUAUGGAUGUCUGAGUUUAGGUGCAAGGAUCGGUAUAGCAGUUGAUGUUGCUUCGGUUUUAGAAUACCUUCACAUUUGGUGUGUGCCUCCCAUGGUUCACUGUGAUUUGAAACCAAGCAAUAUUCUCUUUGAUGAUGACCAUCUUGCUCAUGUUGGUGACUUUGGGCUCGCACGAUUCGUCCUUGAUUUCUCUUCUUAUGGAGGGUACCAGAACUCGACGAGCUUGAUUGGACCAAGAGGAUCUGUGGGAUACAUACCGCCAGAGUAUGGCAUGGGCAGUAGAAUCUCAACUGAAGGUGACAUAUAUAGCUAUGGUAUUGUUCUCCUGGAAAUGCUCACCGGAAAACAUCCUACCGAUGAAUUGUUUGAUGAUGGUUUCACCCUACACAAAUAUGUUGAGGAAGCACUGCCUCACAUUGCUAAGAUCCUAGAUCCUGUUCUCAGCAAAGAGAUUGGAAUGGAUCAUAGCAGUCAUACGCAAUCACAGGAACAAGGCAACAUAACAGAGGUGCAGAAGUGUAUUCUGCAACUGCUGAACCUCGGACUAAUAUGCUCCGAAGAAGCACCAAAAACUCGGCCAAACAUACAGGAUGUAUAUAGUGAAGUAGUCGAAGUGAAAGAACAUUUCCUUUCCUGCAGCAUGAAUGAAACAUGACAAAUUUUCGGUGGAGGGGAUAUUGACAAUUGAAGCAGUAUGCAGGGCAGGACAGCUACAGUGUUUUUCUUGAAAAAAAUGGAACUGGCCACAUAUGAGGUGGGUUGUGUUAGGAAUAAUCAACGUAUAUUCCCAGGGGGCCAAUAGACCCAUAUAAGUAGAGUACAGGUGGUAGUACAUAUACACAGAACCCCUUAUACAAUGGGGUAAAUACAUAAAGGAAACAUAUCUCUAA